AUGGUCUUUGGUGAUGAAUUGGCCUCAAUAUACUCUCCAUUGUCCGACAAAUGGUCAGUACCCACCCAAGUAACAGUUAAGACGACACUAAACAUGAGGUCAGUUGUGCACGCGCGUGGCAAAGUCUACAUGUUUGGAGGCAAUGAGUAUCCAACCGCAUUCAUCUGGUUCUCGGUGGAAGAUGGUCAAUGGCACAACAAGAUUGAGGACCAACCAAAUUACCAAAUGUCCACCUCAUACUACGAUGGAGACAAAUUGAUCUACAUGGUCACUUGUGCAGACAAGAUUAAUCCAAAGGUGAGCCGAGUGCAGAGCUUCAACAUCGACACACAACAAUUCAACCACAUUGGCGACCUGCCAACAUAUCUAGAAGGGUCGGAUCUUUAUGUAAGAUGCAACCAACUCAUUUUUGUCGAUGGUUGGACCAUCAAUGCUAAUGAGAGAUUAGAGAUUGUCUUCUUCAAUCUGACCACGUUGGUUCACGAGAGAUCGUACCCUCUGCCCUGGACAGUCCGCACAAGUUGCUAUGAUGGCGUGGACACUCUUUAUUUGGUGGCUGACGAUUGUGAAUUCAUCAGCGUAUCAUUGUCAACUGGGCAAUUGAGAGAUUUGGCGCCUUCACCAGUUAAACCCAAUCCUUUCGUUCUCACAUGUGGCCCUCAGCGUGGAGCACUAUAUUAUUGCAAGGGUGCCAAUAAGAACUACCAGUAUUCAAUCAAGUUGAAUCAAUGGAUACAUAUUAGUGAUAGUCCUCUAGGACUGGGUGCUGAAGCCAUAUGUCUUUUGAGCGAUAGGCAAUUUAAAAGAUAA